AUGACUAAACUUAUACUAGAUCCGUUAUCUUUGUCGUUAGAAUUUCCGAAGGCUUCAGAAUCCAGACUUCAUAGAGUCCGGAUAUUGUGUCAGGUAAUAGAAUACGAUGAUUUGACUGCUACUCUUAAAGUACGUAAAGUCCCUAAUAUACACAAAUUUCAUACAGAAAUCAACCUUAUCGACGAACCAGUAGCCGAGGCAUACACGUUGAAUGUGAAUUUGUUCGGGGUUUUGAAUAAAAUGAAUGCUGAGUCAAUCAGUGUUGGUACAAUCGUUAAUAUAGUGGGAUAUUUUAAUGGAGAGAAAGUCAAUGUUAUUGAAUGCUAUUCAGUUAAUGGGUCGUCGAUGAUACCGGAGAAUAAUAUAAAAGUUUUGGCGGAGAUAAGCAAAUUAAAGGAUUUUGAUUGA